AGGAACAGAAUGGAUGUCUUGAGUCCUGCGUUCAGAUCAUUCAGUAAAAUUUGGCGUUGCUGUAACAACAUUAUAUAAAUGUUUCCAUCAUGUAUCCGGUUGUCAUAUCAACCCAGCGGUUACUAUAGCAAUGAUGGCGACACGAAAGGUGACAGUUUUGAGAGGAAUAUGUUACAUAUUUGCUCAAUGUGCAGGGGGAAUCGCAGGAGCUGGCAUAGUAUAUGGUGUCACCCCGGACCCGCAAAAAGAAAACGUUGGCAUGCCAGCAAUCUACCAUAAACUAGCCAUAGAACAAACGUGUGCCAUCGAGGCUGUGGCAGCCUUUGUUGUCGUUUUUACCAUUUUCGCAAGUCAACGAUGCAAAAGCACUCUGCCGUUCAGUGUUGGAGGUGCUGUGUUCCUUGUUCACCUCAUUGCAGUGCCACUGACAGGAUGUGGAUUGAAUCCAGCCCGAGUCCUAGGGCCAGCAUUUGUGCAUCAUGUCUGGGAAAACCAAUGGAUUUAUUGGGUAUCGCCAAUAGGUGGGGCUUUAGUAGCUGGGCUUAUGCACGAGUUCAUAUUUGAACCAUAUGAACCGAAGAAGGAGUUAUACCAACCUGUGUCAGUAGCUGAAUCCAGGAGAAUCUCAGAUGGAGCUUUGGUUGAAAGAAACUCAAAUGGAUAUAGUCACACACAUAUAGAAAUGACGCCCUCUGAUACAAGGCAUUCAGCCCAGCAUACAUCAACAAAUCAAGCUAGUCCCCCACCACAAGCUUCUGCAGACCUCCAGCAUCCCACAACUGAUCAAUGUCGCGAUGACAGACAACAGCAGGCAACUGGAGAAAUCAGGCAACAUGAUAACACAAAGGAAAGAUUAAAAAGAAAAUUAACUGACAUUGAAAAGCAGGAAUGCUCAACUGAAAUUGACAGAGAUGUUGUAACACAUGUGGAGGAUGAUGGAGGGAGAUCAGGUUUUGAUGACGUUGGAGCAGCUGAUGAUAAUGAUACAGAUAUCAACUCUGAUAUACUGGAUAUAAAUAAGAAUGAAACUCAAAAAGAUCUUAACACUGGAAUUUGCUCUUUAACUUUAGCUUAGACUUAUGCAUGAUAAACAUUGUGUGUAUGUCAGUUUGGGUCACUGGAUUGUAUCUUGCGAGUAAAGUGAUUGUACAACAUUUAGGUUCAAGAGGUUGUAUACCAUUUAUGGUUCAAGAGGUCGUACAUCAGUUAGGGUCAAGAGGUUGUGCAUCAUUUAUGGUCAAGAGGUUGAAAAUCAUUUACGGUCAAGAGGUUGUACAUCAUUUAUGGUUCAAGAGGUUGUACAUCAGUUAGGGUCAAGAGGUUGUGCAUCAUCUAUGGUCAAGAGCCUGUACAUUAUUUACAGUCAAGAGGCUGUCCAACAUUUAGGGGCAAGAGGCUGAACAUCAGUUAGGGUCAAGAGGAUCAAGAGGUUGUACAUCAUUUAUGGUCUAGAGGUUGUACAUCAUUUAGAGUCUAGAGGUUGUACAUCAUUUAUGGUCAAGAGGUUGUACAUCAUUUAGAGUCUAGAGGUUGUACAUCAUUUAUGGUCAAGAGGUUGUACAUCAUUUACGGUCAAGAGGUUGUACAUCAUUUAGAGCCUAGAGGUUGUAAAUCAUUUAGGAUCAAGGGGUUGUGCAUCAUUUACGGUCAAGAGGUUGUACAUCAUUUAGAGUCUAGAGGUUGUACAUCAUUAAGGAUCAAGAGGUUGUACAUUAUUUAGGAUCAAGAGGUUGUGCAUCAGUUGCGGUCACUGGAUUG